ACGGAUCUGUACCCUGCCAGUGUGUGCAGCCACCAAGGGCUACCCAGCGGCCCCUCUUCCCCACCCCCUCUCCAGCCAUGAGUUUCCAGAGCUUUCGGCUGCAGCCCCUCGCACCCCAGGCUGGUUUCUCCCCCGAGAGGUCCUCCGAUGCAGAGUCUUCCCUAUCCCAGGCACUUGGGACUGACCAGGUGCCGUCGUCGGGCGGCAGUGGGAGCGCGAAGAAGGCCCCGUAUGGCUCGGGCGACGCAGACGAUGGUUACACGCUUGUGUUCGUGUCAAUGACGGCGUUUCAGGAGUGGAGGCAGCGCGAGGAGGAGGAGAAGGUGAUUGAGUUCGUGAAGGGGGACACGCAUACCAGCAAGGCGGUCCCCCCACGGUUCAAGGACCACACGAAGUUGGUGUGCGCGCGGCACUCGAGGAGCGGGAGGAAGAAGUACGUGAAGAAGUACCCAGACCGAGUGAGGAAGGUACCGAGCAGAAAGCUAGAGGGGAUUGGCUGCCCGGCGUCGAUCAGCUACAAGACGUACUUCGAUACGGAUGAGGUGCGCGCAAUGUACAUCUCGGAACACUCCCACGAGAUUGGGCCACCCAAUUUGCCCUUCACAAAACGCGGACGAAGGCAGCAAGCAGAGCAGGCCCGAGCCCGGACGCGAAAUGAGGAUGGCACAGAUGGGGGAGCAUCCUCUAGCAGCCCACCCACAGCCACGGUCAGCUUACAGCCUACCAACACUGUCGCCGGCCCGUCGUCAGCGUCCACGCCGCCUGACCACAUACCACCUCCGCCACCCGCAGGGCCCUUCUCCCAUCCCUCCUUCCAGUCCGCGAUAUCCAUGCCUGCUCCCAUGCCCCCUGGGAUGCCCCCUCAGCAGCAUGACCUCGAACAGGAGCGCUGGGACAGGAUGGGUGUCCUCUUUGGAAGCAUCAGAGAGCAGACGCGAACGUUCAGCUAUCCGGCAGCGUCAGUCGCUGCGCUGGAGAGCGUGCUGAUUCGACUGUACCUCGAGGGCCCCGUGGCUGGGAUGCCGCCCCCACCGCAUGACAUGGGCCCGGCUAUGGAGGCUGGUAUGGAUGGGAUGAAUGGGAUGCCGUGAGCUUGGGCCGCUUGACCCUGGCCGGUGCAGAAUGCGAGCGUACGAUAAGUUAUGUCUUUCCGUAUCAUUUCUCUGGUCCAACUGGCAUGUAAUACGCGAGUGUCUGUUGCUCACGCUGAUGGACGGACCCAAAGGACAUUCGAUCACCAAAAUUAUUGGUGCCUACGAUAAUUAGUUUCAUUUUUCCGUACGCAGUGCUCCUUGUACCUAUCACCACCCCUCCAAAAGAUCAAGUUCCCGGUGGGCUGAUUUGGACAUCACAUGACUGGCGUUCAGUAGAUGGAGGAUCUCGAUCGAGCCAAGGACCGCGCUUGUCCG